AUGCCGGGCAAUGCGCCCGGCGGCGAGGACGACGGCGUGGGGGCCAGGAUGCCGCCGCUGCCGAUCGAGCAGUCGGACUCCGGGGGCGGCGGGGAGGCCUGGCGGGGCGGGGCGCCCGGCUCCUGGCUGCGGGUGCUGUGCCUGGGGGGCAGGCCCAGCCCGGCGCCGGUCAGCAACUACGAGGUGCUGAUCCACGAUUGCAGCAGCCGGUUCGGCAGCAGCACGAUACGGCUCUCCGACCCCCGCCUGAGGUCGAGGUUCCCCAUCUGGAUGAUCCUGGCACUGGUCCUGCUGUUUGUUUGCGGCAUACUGGUGGUCUUCUUCCUGGUGCCUCGGGGCGUGGGCUUUGGGGCUGCCCAGUUCAACGUCACCACGAUCUACCUGAACCAGACUUACUCCACAUACAGGCUGGUGGUGAAGAUCAAAAUACCCAUCUACAACAACAACUACAUGGAUGCCUACCUGGAUGGCAACGUGACGAUGCGGUUUUACAGGGUCGAAGCGGGCUACCAAGAAAUUGAGAAGCAGCUCAUACCUAAGAGAGCCAAACAUGUGGAGAUCACGGCGAUCGUCGACGCGAGCUUUGUGCCCUAUGAAUACAUUGCCAGAGUCUUGGAUAAUUGCUUGAACUUCCCGUUUGAGCUGGUGUUCUUUGUGGAGGGCGAAUUUAAGGCUCAUUGCAUGGGACAAGUACAGCACCUGCCACUGAACACCUACACCUUCAUCAAGUGUCCAACUCUGCCGCCAGACGGCCUGCCGCCUGAAAAUUCGGUGCAAACUGUGCCGCCAUCGCUGCCGGCCAGCGCAAGCCUCGGGGUUGUGGCCUAG